CCAACCUUCUCUUUCCACCACCACUACAACCACCACCAUCGCCGUCUUCUCUUUCUCCGGCACCUAAAACCUGAAUCCAGCUAUGUUGACCCAGCGGCCCGCCCACAAACUCCCCAGCCCGAUCUCCGCCGGCCAACACACCGCUUCACCAGGCACAGCAAGCCCACUGGAACGAAAUCCUCUGUCCCCUAAAGGAUGGAAGAAGAGAGAUUCCGACGGUGUGGGGCUUAGCAUAGUGUCCAAGCUCGAAACUUUCGCCGGAGAUCGGCGACGGAUGCCCCAUGUCGGCUCGGAGGCGAGCUGCGGUGGAAAGCGGUCGCUGGCCGCAGCCGGAGAAUUUCCGGUGGCUGAUUUACUUAGCUGCUGCUAUCUGUGCAGGAAAAGUUUGCACGGGAAAGAUAUCUACAUGUAUAGGGGGGAGAAGGCAUUUUGCAGCAAGGAGUGCAGAUAUGAACAAAUAGUAACCGAUGAGUUUCUAAACAAAAAAGGGAGUUUGAAGUUUUGAGGAGGGUUUUUUUCUCAAGCACUUCCUUCUCCGGCAACGGCGACGGCCGCUGUUCUCCGCCGGAGUCACGGCGGCGUAGUGUUGUAGAUUAGACAAAACUGAUCAGAAUGAGCAAUGAAAAAGAGGAAUAUUACUAAGUAAUUGUAAGGGAAAAUUUUUGGAAUUGUAAAAUUCUUCUUUUGAAGCUUAAAUAUCUGUAAUGAGAAAGCUUUCGUGAAA